UUACGAUAUGUAAUGGGUAAUUGGAAGAAAAUUGAGAUAAAUUCGAUUAUUUAUAGUAAUUUAAAAAAUAUUCCUGUUUGGUAUUUAAUAAGCACGUGACGCUCGUGUUUAGAACAAUUAUCCUCUAAUACAAUAUCAACCCACAUCUACAACCACUAAAACUGAGAAUGUCAUCAUUAAAAAAAAUUCUUUUAGAGCCUCGAGCAUGUUUAGUCACAGCAAAGAGGUUUCGAGGGAAAAUAAAUAUUCAAAGGCCAAGGCUGCCUCAUUUCGAACGGCAGCUACUACUUGAUCUAUCAAAACCUAAAUAUGGUCCGCCCAAGUACACAUUACCCGACUUUUUACUUUGCGACAGAGGAGAGAAAAAGAAUAAAACAGAAAUUGACAAUCCCUUCGAAAGGAUUUUGGCCAGAGAAUGUUUGGAAUGGUUUAAUACAUCCAAAAUGAUUGUGUUCUUACAUGUAAACCCAAUAACAAUGGAGGACAAGACGCCAGUUUACGCUGCCUUAAAUAAGAAUAAAAUGUAUUUAAGAACCUAUGGAAAAAAAAUUGUAAGCCUUGCAACAAAAGGAACACGCUACGAAGUUGUCAAUGAACUGUUUACCUCACAUCAAAAUAUUAUAUUCGGUCAACCUGAAAAUGCUGCAAAAAUGUUUAAAAUUUUGAAAAAAGCUCCACAGUUGGUUGUCAUGGCUGGUGUAGUACAAGAUCGUCUACUUUCAAAGAAUGAACUUUUAGAGUUCAGCCAACUUCCAACCUUAGAUUUGGCCAGAAGUAAGCUGUGUCAGGUUUUAGACAGUGCAGGCUCAGGUCUGGUCAGUCAAUUGAAUCGGAGUCAGCAAAUUUUGGUAUCCCAUUUAGACAAACAUGUUGAACAACAAAAUUCAAGUAUAGAAAAAAAUGAAAAGCAAGAAAGUUAAACGUUUAUAAGCCUGUUUUAAAGCAAACUACCUUACAUUUAAGGGGGUAAUAUUUCAAUUACUCCAUUUAAAAAAAUAUAGGAUUUUACCAUAGAAUUA